AUGAAUGGGUUUGAGGCAUCAAAGUUGGAUGAUCUUAUUAGAGGUAAAUGCAGCAUGAAAGACAAACUUAUCAAUGUUCUAUUUGACUCUGGUGCUACACAUUUCUUUAUUUCUUUGGGUCAUCUUGAUAUUGUAUUGGAAAUAGAUUGGUUGUCAUCGAAUCACGUCCUUCUUAAUUGUAAAGAGAAGACACUAAUUUUCGAUACUGGUAUGCAAGAAAAUUCUAAAUUCCUAAGUAAGGGUGACUCAAGAAACAUGAUCAAUGCUAAGGCCUUCAUGGUAUUGUUCUCUUCAGAGGUAAAGAAGAGUGUGGAGGUUGAACAAAUACCGGUAGUGAAUGGAUUUUUAGAAGUUUUUCCGAAAGAUAUAACUGAAUUGCUGCUAAAGAGAGAGAUUAAGUUUACUAUUGACCUUACUCUCAAAGCCAGUCCAAUCUCUAUUGCACCUUAUAGGAUGUCACCAGUUGAAUUAGUUGAGGUGAAAAAGCAAGUGGAAGAUUCAUUGCAGAAACAAUUUGUGAGACCUAGUGUAUCACCUUAG